GAGUUCUAUAGCCUUGAUUGUAAUUUUGAUUUCUCCCCGUUUUCCCAUUUAUUUCAUUUUCUAUUUCAAUUUAAAUAAUAAUUUUGAUAAUCUCUUGGUCGCUCCUGUAUACGGCAUUGGUCGUUUCUAGUAAGGCUUUGUUCGACAAGGGUCAAUCAUUCAGUGAUGGCUUUGAGGCUGCUGGGGCCUGGGCGGCGAGGUGCAGUGCUCUACAGAACACUGCGGCAGAUAAGUGCUGCUCUCCGACCGCUCUCCACUAAAGAUGAUGUGACUCAUGAUGCUGAGACAGUAGUUGAAGUGCGCCCCCUGCGGCCGACGGUGGCGGCUGAGCUGCUGGGUGACACGGACCGCCGGCUGCCGCUGCCCGGCGGACGGGGGCUCGCUGAGGAGCUGUCUCCGCCGCUGCCGCCGCCCACGCCGCAGAGACCGGCCGAGCGGCGCGGGCGCGUCCGAAACGACACGGCUGCCGAACUGCUGCACGACAGACACAUGGCGACUCUGUUCACCUAUCUGAGCCCGAUGCCGGGCGAACCCGCUCCGUCUGAGGUCACUCCCGUCCAGCCGGUGCUGCUUGAGAUCCAGGCACACGACUGCCCCCAGCUGCUGAAGGAAGAGUUCCGGCCGCUGUUCCGGGAGCGGGACAUCGCCGCCGGCCGCCUGACCGUGCUGGUGGUGAGCCAGCGAACCGACCAGGACAUGGCCACCUGGUCCGAACAGGUGGAGCAGGAGCGGCUCGAGCUCGCCUCGCAGUUCGUCUCUGUCGGUCGCGACAUCGUGCUGGGCCUGCGGCGGCGCGGUUUCUGGGCAGACCUGGUGGACCCGACGACGGGCCGGCCGCACCUGGGCGAGCUGGCGCCCGCCGCCGACGCCGACGAUAGGCUCAUCGAGACCGAUGACCGGCUCGGCCGGCUCGGCUUCGAGAUCGACGACCUGGGCUGCUGCAAGGUCAUCCGCCACGCCGUCUGGGGCAGCCACGUGUUCAUCGGUUGUCUGUUCACGGACGCGCCGCUGGACGAUCCCCGACUCAGUGAUGUACUAGCUCAAUAUCAAGAGCCGACGCCGGCCUCUCAGUCCUAGUGGCCAAGGCUGUGGGCUCUCCAGGUGACUGCCAGCUGCUGCUGCAACCCUCGCUCCCAGUCGCCCGACGUCUCAGAGAUGGGUGAAACGUGAUGGUGAAACGUGAUUAAUGAUAGCUGUUUAUUAUGGUAACGUAAUUCCUGACGGAAAAAGACCUGACGGAAAAAGACAACGGAAGUUAGCGUGCAUUCUUUUUUAUCGGAACUGGUGCCCGUUUGAUUUUGCAGGUUUCUGCCAGGUAAAUUUAUCUGUAAUGUUGGGUGUGGGGUGAGGACUAGACGCGAUGCAGUAGGUACGUUUCAUCACUAGAAGUUCCACUGGUUGCGGCUGGGCACUCGAUGGGGUCUGGCUGGCGUGACUUGGAUACGCUGAGACGGCUGGACGUGACCGGGCGGCGCCGACGGCAGCGUCCGUGUCCGGCGUCAGAGGGCAGUCGGUGGGUCAUUUGUCCUUCAGACCCCGGCUGUAAUGGGUAGCGUGAGGGGUGGCAGCUGGUAGGAGUGGUUGGUAGCGGUAGGCAGCGGGUCCAUCCCUGGGCUGAUCCGCCGACGCCUGAUGCCCUCCGCAGCGAGACAAAAGUCCCGGUGGAAGUAGUUCGCUUCGGACGCCUGCUAUCGGGCGCGAUUCACAUGUGAUCCCAAUGUAGACUAGUCGUUAGUCAAAGGGGGAUGGAGCGUGUAACAGUGCAUCAAAAAGAGGAUGCGUUUUAGUCAGCUACCGGCCUUGCGCAUUGACGCCUGCAAAGGUGUUUGUUUGAGUGAUGUUUGCUAGCGUCGGUCGCAACGGGCCGAGUACGGAUGAAUGUAGUGAUCAUGACUAAUGGGGAGCCGGUAGAAGUGACCUGCAGGGUUGGUGUGGGAUAUUUGCUGCGAAUGUUGCCAAUGAAUCUUCAGCAUCUGUGUGAUAGGGACUAUGUUUAUGUUGUUCAAGUGUUGUCUGCGAUGCGACUGUUGAUGUUGGCAGGUGCACUCGUACAGUUUAGUUCACGUGUGUGUCCCAUAGGUGAAAUGGGCCUCAGGUCGUUCCGAAACUUCUACGGCAUCGUUACUUGGAUGUUUUCAGAAUAAAUGGUUUCUGAGGUCUUC